UAAUGCUGUAUGCAUUUGCGCCUGUUUGAUGUCAGAAGCUCAGAUAUUAUCAGCGAUAUUGGCAAAGACUGAGCUACAGAAUCUGCUGCAUUCACAUCUGCAGUCGCAUGCGAUCAAACCGUACGACAACCUUCUUCUGCUCGAGACAUCCGAUUGAACAAUCAACGCAGCCGCUAUUAUGCAGUAUAUGAACAUGGCGGUCUACCAACAUGCAUCAGCGCGUAAUGAUCAUCUAUACAUAGAUGUCAAGUCGUAGAGCAUCUUUUCGGAAGGGAAAAGGGAAAAGUCUUAUUUGUGAUUUAGGUUAUUAUACUACAGGAUUAUACAAAAUAGCUUUUUAGUAUACAAUAUAGCUUAUCUGUAGGCCUAUGCAUUAAAUAAAAUGUCAAGACCGGGCACUGGAGGAAACUGAUUGAACUAACCAAGAAUAAAGCAUCCGAAAAAUAUGAGAUACAAGAUCCCAGGGGCUGCCAUGGAUCGUGUUAGCCUACUUUGGCGGUUGAGACGCCGGGCCCGUCGAGGGGCCCUGUGCAUGGCACUGUUCUGUAUGGCUAUGGCUCUCCUGUACACCUUUUGCGCUGAAAACAGCAUACCUGUCACAGAUGCCAUUUUUGGGGUUAAGGCGAGAACUCGAGCUCAGCCAAGAACACACACAAUUGUUAAGGUAUUGCGGGGAACAGGAGGGUCGAAACCCAUGUAUACUGACCCUCAAAAGCUUCCAGGUAUCGUUCCUGGAGAUCCUCAAAAGCCUAUUCCCAUCCUGUCGUCUUCUAACUACUCAAUGGGGAGCUAUACUAAGGACCGCAACCUCAGCGGCAAACAAAGAGACCAUGGGCUAUUUUACUGGCUUCUGGAACGACCACUGAGACGUGCUAUAGAGACUAUUUUUGGAGGCCGACAGAGAGGAAAUGUGGGUGCUGCAAGUGGGGAUGCUGUUGUUUUUGGGCCUAAUGGAGCACUCGGAGAGGUCUGGAAUGAAGAGAUGUCAAGUAGCAUGCUGGGAAAAAGGCUGAGGAAGGUGGUGCAGAACUUUCAGGCAAUGAAUAAAUAUGGAGUUCGCUACCCUGGACCUGAGAGUGCAGCACGUCGUUCUAAACUCAGUGGCCCUGAACUUCUUUGUCAAAUUAAGGAGAUGGUUCAGAUUGCAACUUUAACACCAGAUAUGGAGCCAUUUUCUGGGUUGCCCUUGGCCUCUCAGUUACCUCCGCGCCAAAUAACUGCUGAUAUUGGCCCGUUCAAGACCUGCGCAGUGGUAUCAUCUGCAGGUUCUCUCAAAAACUCUGGAUUAGGAAAGGAAAUAGAUUCACAUGAUGCAGUGAUGCGGUUCAAUGCUGCACCAACAACAGGCUUUGAGAAAGAUGUGGGCUCUAAAACAACAGUGCGUCUGAUCAAUUCCCAGGUAAUGGCAUCUGAAGAUCACCAUUUCCUCUCCAGUUCUUUGUACAGUGCUGGGAUUUUAGUGAGCUGGGAUCCAGGCCCUUAUUCCUCUGAUCUACGAGAGUGGUUCAACAAGACAGAUUACCCAAUAUUUAAACAGUAUCAGCGAUAUCGGCGCUUACACCCUCAACAGCCAUUUUAUAUUCUGCACCCCCGAAUGGAAUGGCAGCUGUGGCAGCGAAUACAAGACAAUAUGGUGGAGACCAUACAAAAAAACCCACCCUCAUCAGGCUUGCUGGGCACAGUUUUAAUGAUGUCCCUGUGUGAAGUGGUACAUGUGUAUGAGUUCCUGCCUUCACGACGGAAAACCGAGCUGUGCCACUACUACCAGCGCUUCAGUGAUGCAGCCUGCACCCUAGGUGCCUACCACCCUUUACUCUAUGAGAAGAACCUGGUAAAGAGGAUGAACAAGGGGUCUAACCAUGACAUCUACACACAUGGCAGGGUCACGCUCCCUGGGUUCACGACCUUUAACUGCACCAAUAGUUCCACUUCCAGCACUCUGUCAAAGACAUAAUCUAAGGGUAAACUGAUUUUCUUGGUACACUUUCAUAAUGUAACAGUAAAGCACAUGAUUUAGUCUACAACUGUAACAAGUUCAGUCUGGUCUCUUGAGUGAGAUCAGAAUUUGGUUCACUGGUGGAAAAUGAAAACACCCUAACCACUAGCGGUUGCUUACUGAAGGGAACUUAAAUUCACACGGACACAAAAUAUUAAUAAUAAUAUUAAUGUAAUAUAAUAAGUUCUGUAUGUGUGUAAACUACCUUCCAUCAUUCCUUAACUGAUCCCAUAGUGGUAAAUUCAUACUAUUUGCUGUUAACAGAAAAAAGAUCUCAAUACCACUUAUCUGCCUCUCAUGUGAGAUGCAGCCACUGAAAAUUACUUUCAAACACUGCCUAAUGUGACACAUUACAGCACUGAUGUCAAAAGAACUGGCAUUUUACAAACGCACUGAAUCGUCAAACUAAUACAGAUUAUUAAACAAGAUAAAGCUCUUUGUUGGAAAGUAGCCAAGAUUCGGUCCAUAAACGUGUAGCGUGCAAAGCUCUAUGUCCAAAGCCAGCCUGCUACUUCCAUAAUGUGCAGGUUUACAAUUUAUGCAACGCAAUCCUAACACAUCAUUCAUGCAAUAUUGUUAAUGAUUUGCCAGCAAACACAUGCCAUUAGCAAAAUAAUGCUUUAACUGUUUGUAUUUUAUGAAAGCUGUAUUUCAAGGCCUGGAGAUCUGUAUGCAUUCAGUAUUUACACUGUGACACCUUUCCUCUCUCUAUAAUCAGUUGUAGGGCCGUGGAGAAUGUCCUCGCAUGCUUUACUGAAAUUGCACUGCAUCAUACCUUUGGUAAACCUGUAUUUAAUUGUAUUUAUAAACUUGGUGAGAAGGAAACAUAGAAUGUGCAUGUUUGUACUGUUUUAUAGAGAUUUGAAUUCAAUGUAAGCCCUUAAAACAUGAAAGCAGAUAUACUUAUGCAUUUUGAGUGGGAAAAGGGUGUUUAUUUUUCGUAGUAUUAUUUCUACAGCGUAUUGAUCCAGGAUGUGUCAAUGUAUCAAAUCCAUUAUAUUUACUCAAACACACAGAUUACAGUAUGUAAAUAACAAAACACAAACACUAAUACAGAUUGCAUCUCGCGAUUAUGUUCUUACAAAUUCUGAAUGAUGUGGGACAGGGCCUUUAUAUUAAUGUAUUAUUAAGUCUAAAAGUUAACAUGAAAUUGAAACUGAACUUUCAAAAUCAAAAUGUCAUAACUUUGUACCCUUCUGAAACAACUUUUCAGUCAACGCAAACGUUUCAUGUUGACGUUACAGUAGAAUUGUGAAGUUGAAAUGUGAAUUCAAUUGGGGGAAAAGCAUGAUUUUCCAUUGCAACAUUUUAAACCUUAUGUUCUUCUUUUUUCAUGUAAAGGCAUCUUUAUGUGUAAUUUGUAGCAUA